AAACGUCCUUCAUAUAAGCUGGUGACAAAGUAGCGAGCAGUGGCCCCCCUGGAAGCAGAGAUCACAGCCAGCAAACAGAGAGAGAGAGAGAGAGAGAGAGAGAGAGAGAGACAGACAGACAGACGAUAGAGGAGAGGACCAGACCAACGAGGACAGACGCUAGAUUCACAGCAACACACCGGAGAGACACCGAGGAAACACGCUCCAGCAGAGGAGCCGAAAACCAGAAGAAAGAGCAUUCUUCAUCCCACCGACAGACCUGAUUUUUGGCUGUAGAGAUGGGUGUCACCUCUCGCCCUCUGCUAUUGGUUUGCGCUUAUCUGGCGACCGCACUGAUUGGUGGAGCCCGCUCCGAGGGGGUGUGUCUUCAAGACGGCAAGCACAAGGCCACGCCCGGCCCGGAGCCACAGCUGAGGGAGUGUGGGCUGUACGCUGACAAUAGCUGCUGCACAGAAGAAGACAUCCAGGACAUCUCCCAUGUUCCCUCUGAGAGCAAUAAGAAUGAUCCCUGGGACAAGUGUGGGCCUCUGAGCUCAUCGUGUGAAGGCUUCCUGAAGCGUGUGUCGUGUUUUUACCGCUGCUCCCCCGAUGCCGCGCGCUGGCCUCACCCCCACCGCCGCUCAUACAUCCAGGCCGUGCCGCUCUGCCACAGCUUCUGCCGUGAUUGGUUUGAUGCCUGCAGGAUGGACAUGACGUGUGCUCGUAACUGGGCCAGAGACCCCCGGGGGCAGAACUGCACUGGGACCUGCGUCCCGUAUCAGCAGAUGUACCAGCACGGCAGGGAUCUCUGCGAGAGCUUGUGGGGCGACGCCUUCUUGACUGUGGAGGAUGAGCCGGAGGACGUGGGGGAGGCUGGAGAGGGUGGAGCGGGUGGAGAGGCUGGAGAGGGUGGAGCGGGUGGAGGUGGUGGUGGAGGUGCUGGUGCUGGCGGAGGUCGACCCUGCGGCUGCCUGACCCUCAGUCCCUCAGACAAAGACGUGAUGGCCGCCCUCAGGGCGCAGCAGGAUGACCCAGAGGAGCUGGACACCACCAAGACGGGCCUGCCCCAGUUGCCCAAACAGAGGCCACCUGACCUCACCUGA